AUGCCUUCUUAUCUCAUCACCGGUGCAUCUCGCGGAAUCGGAUUCGAGUUCCUGCGCCAACUCGCCGCCGAUCCCAAUAAUUUGGUCAUCGGCCUCGUACGCAACAAGGCGGCGACAGAAGAAAAAGUGUCGAAGGAGAUCCCAGGGGGAAAUGUUCAUCUUGUGGAAGGGGAUUUGACCGAUUAUGAUGCGCUGAAGGGCGCCGUUGCGGAGGUCGAAAAAGUGACCAGCAGUCUAGACCACCUAGUUGCAAAUGCCGCAUGGGUAUCUACCUGGUCUGCCUAUGACGGGAUCGGUGAUCUCGCCGCCAACUCACCCAAACAACUAGACGAGGAUCUUCUAGAGGCCAUCCGCGUGAAUGUCCUAGGCAACAUCCAUCUAUUCUCGCUGUUUCUCCCACUGGUCAAGAAAGGCACCGCCAAGAAGGUGAUCACGAUUACGUCCGGAAUGGCCGAUAUCGACUUCAUCUCUGCCUUUGAUAUUGUCUCGGGAGCACCGGAUUCGAUCAGCAAGGCGGCUAUGAAUGCGACCUAUGCCAAGUUAAGUGCCCAGUAUAAAGAGGAGGGGAUUCUCUUCCUGGGUAUCAGCCCGGGUCUGGUUGAUACCGGCAGCUAUGGUAAUCAAACGCCGGAACAGGCGGCCGGGGCGGUUGAGAUGGUGAAGAAGUUCGCGAAUUAUUCGCCUGGCUUCAAGGGCCCGAUUACCCCUGAAGAGUCGGUUCGUGCGGUCCUUGAGACCAUUCACAGGGCGGAGAUCAGCAAGGGCUAUGCUGGUGGGUUUGUGUCUCACUAUGGAAACAAGCAGUGGCUGUAG